UGUGUACACUUAUUUUAAUUUUAUGCGUAUUUAAUUGAUUAUUAUUAGAAUCAAGUUUUCUUAUAAACUAUAUCUUAAAUCUAUGCUUGAUUGAUUUGAAAGUGGCGUGAAGUGAUUUAAUAUAAACAAUUAAUUUAAACUUUGCCAAGAUGUCAGACUCGGGCGAAGAGUUGUUCAGAAACUGCGAGGUCGAUUUUGACCGUGUAAAUACAUUGUUAGAAGAAGUAAUUAAAGAAAAAAUGCCCAACUCCGAGUCGGACACGCCCACUGAUGGUUCCGGUUCGGCGAAACCCAGAGCCCCAAAAAAGCGUCCGAUGAAACGAGACCGUGAGACCAGUGACGGUAAAACAGAAAAGGAACAAAACAUGAAUGGGGACAUGGACGAAGAUGAGGUGAAGGAUCCUUUGUCAUUAACUAUAGAACGUAAAAUUUGGGAUGUAACUCAUCGGAAAUUCCUGAUGGCCCGAGACCUCAAGAAACUGAAAGACCUUCUCGAUAAAGAUAUAAAAAUAGGAGAGUGUUAUAAGUCUGUGUUAGAUGCGGCUUUAAAAGACUUUAAAGUUCUGAAAAACCGUUUACAAAGUAUGCAACAAAAACAAUCUCAAAAAGAGAUCGAACUUCGUAAUAAAAUAAAUGAGAUGUUGAGAAUUGAGUCAGAGACGAAAGUUGCUGUUGAUAAUAGUAUUGAAGCGAUGAAAAAAGAAUAUCUUAAUAAAGAAACAGAAAUAUCUGCUGCAAUUGGAAAAAUGAAAGAUGAAGAAGCUCAAACGAAAAUUAAGAUAGAACGUGAUAUCAACAGCUUAGAACAAAAGUUGACUACAGCGAAAAGAGAUUUCGACAAUAAUAUCAAUAUUAUGCUAAAGAAUGAACGUAAGGAAAAAGACAAACUUCAGUCCGAGAUAGAUAAAAUUGAGCAACAUUAUGCCGAUUUAAAAGGAGACUCCGACAAAAGGAUCAAUGCCAUGCAAAAUGAGCUAAUUUUGAAAGAAGAAAAAUCAAACGCCGAAAUUAAAACUAUGCAAAGAAAUGAAACUGACAAGAUUCGUGAAAUUAAAGAUAAAAUAAAACAAAUUCAUUCCAAAGAAGCUAAAUUGAAAGUGGAUAUUGAAAAUAAGAUAAAACACAAGCAGAAUGAGUUAGCUGUGAAAGAAGCAUGUUUAAAUAGCAAACAAAAUAAUAGAGCUAGGCAUCCCGAAGAACACAAUUAUGAAGCAAGAAGCAGUGGCGCAGCGUGGCAGGGGCAGGGGGCGCAAAUGCCCCAGGCGGCACGUUUUAGGAGGCGGCAAAAUUCCAUAAUAACCUACUGCAAUAAUAAUAAAUAAUAAGCGUUUAAAGUCCGCCGAGGUAUCCUCACCCUUCAGCCGCUCAUGUUUCAUUGGCAGGUGCCAUAGUUCCCGUAGUGUCCCCAUUCCUAGUCCAUUAGCAUCCUGUGACAAUAGCCCAAGUAGUUUUCAUCCAUAGUUAGCAAUAGUUUAGCCCCGAACCGGGGAUUGUCCUUGGGUACGUUUCUAAAGUGUAUUCAGGGAUAAUCGUCGGUUUUGUGUCACCAUUUCGCCCAACACCUUAGUGCGCUGUAUAGCGAGUAGACUCGACUGCCUGUAUAUGAAUCACUGCUGCAGACUUUCCACUUCGGUGAUAGACCUGCAGUGGUGAUUUGAUACAGGCAGUUAUCUUAGGUUAGGAUGCUUUGUUUUGUAAUUUACUAACAUAGUAAUUAAGUAAAAAUUGUUACUAACAAAAUGGGUCAUGGUCACUUGAAUAAAUGAAUUUAAUAUAUAUUUCAUUAAAGUUGUCUCAAAAGGGCUUCAGCGUGUUGGCUUCGGCCCCACGUUCUCCUCCCAAAAAUCCGGGACUAUAGUCCCGCGGUCUGGUAGAGACAUACAAAUAAAAAAUAAAAAAUCAUUUAUUUGCAAGAAAUAUGGUGUUGGUAUAGAAGAAUGUAAAAAAACAGUAAGUAUAUAUGUUGUGUUGAGAUAGUUUUAAGUUAAUUUGCUGCGCCCUAACAGGGUAAUGUAUACCUAGGAUAAGGAUGCAUUUCUGUAACUGUAUACAUUUUUGCAAUAAAUAAAUAGAAUGUGGGAAAAAUAAUUGUAGGGUAUAACCUCCAUAACACGGUCUAAGUGCAUGUUAAGGUAGUUAAGGUUUAUAUUAAAUUGUUGUCUUCAAAUGCGCUCCGACGCGCUUCCAGCGGUAUGCACUGGGCUUGUAGGUACAUAAGUCUAUGUCCGAAGCCAGCUGUCUAUUCGCUUAUAUUUGCACUUGACUUUGCUCGCGAAGUCACGACGAUCGCAAACACGGUCUUUAUAAUCAAAAAGACUGCAAGAAUGUUGCAAUUCUGUUUCCUUCAGUUGUAGUCUGAUAGGUUGAUACGACAGUAUUUACUCAAGUUUUAACUUAGAAUAAACAUAAAAAAAUACCUCUAUUGUUACGAAAUAUGGUGUUAUUAUUUUGUUGCAUUAAAAUAUAUGCAUUAAUUUUAAGUUAAGUAUAAUUUUAGCAAACUGUAGGUAGUUUUAUGCGUUCAUAAGAUGGGAUGUCAGUUGAAAUAAAAAAAUACUUCUAAAUGUGUUGUAAUUCAAUAAUAUGCAAUUUUUAACCGACUUCCCAAAAAGGAGGAGGUUAUGUAUCUAGCAUUCUAUCUUUUUGGUUAGAGAAGUCAGAAUCAUUGGUCAGAAUUAAAUCUAACAUACCUACUGUACAGUGUACCUCCCUUCUUUUUUACUACAGUUUAUUCAUAGACGUAUCUACAUAUUUUAGACCUUUAAAAUUAAUAUUUUAAUUUUUUUUUAUUCAAUCUUAAUUUUAAUAUGUUGUACUUACCUAAUAAUUUUUUUACCAAAAUACUGACCAAAUAUUCUUUUGUAGGUAUUAUAUUUUUGUAUUAAACCUGAUUUUAAAAUUA